UCUUUCCUCCUGCUGACAGGAAGUACAGGAUCCAGCGACACAAGGCAGGGUGGUCGCUCAGCUGUAUCGUCCCUGGGUGGACUCGAACCACCAACCUUUCGGUUAACAGCCGAACGCGCUAACCGAUUGCGAUAUUGCACAUGUAAUUCGCGGUGAGGGCGAAGUUUCGCAUACUUUUUAAAAGGACGAGUUUGGCUGUCUCUGACAGCGGAAAAGCCAAUGAAGUGGGGCAGGGCGCUGAUAAAUCCCGCCCAGCUCGCCAUGUUGGUGUUCCUCUUCGCCCCCGGCAGAGUUGUUUCCCGGGAGCUCCUUUAUCGGGUCAUGUGCAGCGGUGCCAUGCCGACGCGGCCCCGAACGGUGCUGGGGACCAUGGAGUUCGGGCGCCGUGCGGACCCCGAGCAGAGCGCGCUCAUGUUGAAGGCAUUCACGGAGCGCGGCCACGACGAACUCGACGGAGCAUUCAUGUACGCGGAGGGGCGCUCGGAGCAAAUCAUUGGGAGCUUGGACCUGGAUCGGAGAGUGAAGAUUGCGACUAAAGUAAACCCAUGGGAGGGGAAGACGCUGAAAGCAGAGAGUGUCCGAAGUCAGUUAAACACAUCGCUGGAGCGCCUUCAAAGGAAGAGUGUUGAGAUCCUCUACCUCCAUGCUCCCGAUCAUGUGACACCAAUUGAGGAGACGUUGGCUGCUUGUCAAGAGCUUUACCAGCAGGGCAAAUUUAAAGAACUUGGCCUCUCAAACUAUGCUUCAUGGGAAGUGGCAGAAAUCUAUUCAAUCUGUAAGCAUAACAGCUGGGUCCUUCCUACCAUCUAUCAGGGAAUGUAUAAUGCCACUACCCGGCAAGUUGAGGUAGAACUCUUACCCUGUCUCCGUCAUUUGGGAAUGAGAUUUUAUGCUUACAACCCGCUGGCAGGUGGAUUACUAACUGGGAAAUACAAAUUUGAGGACCAGUAUGAGAAACAGCCCACCGGUCGCUUCUUCGGUAACGACUGGGCUGAAGCAUACAGAAACAGGUACUGGAAGGAGCAUCAUUUCCGGGGCAUAGAUUUGGUGAAGAAAGCAAUUGAUAAAGCUUAUGGGUGUGGAAAAACAAGCCUGAUAUCAGCAUCAUUAAGGUGGAUGUAUCAUCAUUCCAAACUUCAGGGAGACCUUGGUGAUGCAGUUAUCCUUGGAGUAUCGACAAUGGAACAACUUCAACAAAACUUGUGUGCCACUGAGGAAGGACCCCUUGAUUCAACAGUAGUUGAAGCCUUCAAUGAGGCUUGGAAUCUUGUGGCACACGAUUGCCCAAAUUAUUUUAGAUAAGUCAGACUUCUGCAGGAGCACUUACACUAAACACGGGGUUGAAUCUGCAAGCUAAAAGUUAGAUUACUUGCCUAGGUUUUCAUUUGGAAGGUGACUGGUGAACCCCUCAGUGCUGCAAGCUAGAAUUUCCUAUCCCUUGCAAUUGCAGGAGGCCCUGAUUAGUGAUAAAUCAGGACCACCCGUCAAGCAGUCUCAGCCUUUGAGGGAGACUGAGGAAAGAAUAGUUUCUGGAUUUGUCAGGGUGUCCAGGGGUGGUGGUAGUGUUGAGUGAAUUUUGUGCACAUUAUAUGCCCAUAGUAUUCUUUAUGAAAAAUACUUGCCCAGAUUUUUGGUGAAGACAUUGGCCUUAAUAUUUUUAAUUAUGUCAUAUUUUUAUUUCCAGCUGACAGCAUGGAAAUCAUGAUGAUUUUUGAUUUGGGUUUGGCCACUUGCCCCAGAUAUAGAGACAAGUGGGAACCAUUGUCAAAUUACACCAUUGAUACAGGCAAAAGUGCUGAGUCCAGUGGCCUCCCUACCUAUUCAUGAAUGUGUAAUCUGCCAGUCAUCUAGCUAAGCCCGAAUUGUAACAUUAAAAGCAGAUAAUCUGGUCACUAAUUCAAUUAGGGAAGAAAAGGUCAAAUAUAUAAUCCAGUACUGUAUAGGGAAUUGCUAACUGUAGUUACUUUGCAUGAAUAGGGUGAAAUGCAGCAGGAAACUGAUGUUCAGCUGUCUUGACAUUCAUCAAACUUGCUGAAUGUCGCAGAACUGCUCUGAAAAAUGGAUGACUGAAUGGUGACUUGCUGAAUUCCAGCAUUUAGUGUGGUUUCAAGCUUUUGCAGUCUCUCCUGUGUCUACAUGUAGGAUCAAAAUUAUUAGCAACCCAAAAUUAUGUUUGCAUUGAAUAAAAAUAGUUGAUUCACUA